CUACAACAACCAGGAUGGUUCUAUAACAGAACAGAAACUGGCAACGUCACGUAAACUAAGAAAGACGGCUGCUGCUGCUAUGUAAAGAUUUCUGUUUCUUGUUGCAAUUAAUUGUAAGAACAUGGCAGAGUCCAAGACCCAGCGUUUGAGUGAUGACAUCCACAGUACACUGGAUAUGUUUGGAAAUGGGGGACAUCCGUUGUCUGACUAACAGUGUGCAGAAGGUAUUAAAGUCCAGAAGUUGUAUCUGUGUGUCAGUAAGUCGGUAAACCUGAGGCCAUGGAUGAUCGGCUGAUGAUCAGUAACCCAGUGUACCAGGAACGGGAGGACUCCAUAGAGGAUAACCUGUUUGCAGAGGACAACUCUGAACCCCCUGCUCCUGUUACUCACUCUUACAGUGAUGAGUGGAAGAGACUGUUCACAUCACCUGACUACAUCCGGACUGUCCGACAGGCGGCCCUGAGGGGCGAGCUGCGCAGCUGUCGCUUCAGGAGCGUCUGUUGGAGGCUGUUCCUUGAGGUGAUUCCAGAGUCUCAGUCAGACUGGACUUACAAGGUCAAACAGUGGAGGUCAAUGUACAACGACAUCAGAGACAUGCACAUCGUGAACCCCAGACAGAAAGCUAAGGAACUGGACCUGGCCAUCAGCAACCCUCUGUCACAGGAGGAGGAGAGUCCUUGGAACCAGUUCUUUAAGGAUGAGGAGCUGCGAGAUAUGAUAAGUCAAGAUGUCCGCAGAACCUUCCCAGAAAUAGAGUUUUUCCAGAAAAAAGAUCUAAGGGAGAUGAUGAUCAACAUCCUGUUCUGCUAUGCCAGAGAGAACACCAGACUGGGGUACAGACAGGGCAUGCAUGAACUGCUGGCUCCUGUCAUCUUUGUGCUGCAUUGUGACCACCAGGCCUUCCUGCACGCUUCAGAAAUUUCUACUACACCGGAUAUAGCUAGACUUGUCCUGGACCCAGCCUACCUGGAGAAUGAUGCAUAUGCCAUGUUCUGUCAGAUAAUGGAGACAGUAGAACCCUGGUACUCUCAUCUUUGUGUGGAAACACCCCCAGCUUCUCAGAACCAUGACAUCGCCAUGCAAGUUCCCUUCUCCAAUCCUGAAGACUCGGCGCCCUCCCCCGCCAUCGUGACGAAGCUGACCCGUGUUCAGGACCAGAUCCUGAAGAAACAUGACCACACCUUACACGCACACCUCCGGAGACUACAGAUCCCUCCUCAGGUCUAUGGCAUACGUUGGAUCCGGCUCCUGUUUGGUCGUGAGUUCCCUCUGCAAGACCUGCUCUUCCUGUGGGACGCCAUUUUCAGCGACGGCAUCAGUUUUGGCCUGGUGGACUACGUCUUCGUGGCUAUGUUACUUUACAUCAAGAACUUGCUUGUGUCCAGUGACUACCAGACCUGUAUGACGACACUCAUGAGAUAUCCACCAAUGGGAGACGUGCAUUUCCUCGUCAACAAGGCCCUGUACCUCAGAGACCCAAAGAACUUCCCCCGACCUGUCAACUAUGAGUACCACUAUGGACACCAGAUGAAAAUGACCUCUGACCCCUCCAAUGGAAGUCACGCCCAGCAACAGAGGGGUCAAAGGGCAAAGUCGGUGCAGAAUGUUGGGAGCAAGGUUACAGCCGGUUGGUCGACCUUGACACGGAAAAUGCAGAAGCCAAAGGGAGGAGAAGUGCGGAAGAAAAAAGCGGACAGCGAACCAGAAACUGCCGUUGUCGCAGCCGAUUGGUUCAGUUCCAGCUCUGAGGACUCUGAGCUUUUCCGAUCGCCACAACACGUGACCUCUGACCCUGACAGGUCAAGGGUUAAGGGUGAAUCACCCGCCCGUCACCCAGGUUUUUCUCAUCCGUUGGAAGAUGAACUGGAAGAUUUGAAAGCAUCUUCCAGUUCUUCGUCCCGAGCACCUACCAAGAUGGAGCCUCUACAUGACAUGGUGAAGUCCCCCCAGGCUUCCAAGGACCCCCUGCAAGGGGGCGCGACCUCUUCUCGACCACAUGGAAGGUCAAAGGUCAAGGCAUCGUUGAAAGAGGAGGCAGAUAAGCUGCAGAAGAAAACGGCAGCCCUGCAGUCCAAGCUGCACGACAUGGAGGCCAUGUGUAAAUACUGUAGCAGCAAGAUGGACGCUCACAUUGGUCAUCUACAGGACAACAUGCUGCAGGAGAACCUGAAACAUGAGGAUGAGGCCUUCCUGGCUUUAGCAGGUCUUAAACAGGUAAGAGACAUUCUAAAGGGAACCCUGAAGUUCAGCACCAACAUUCUGGAGUCAGAAGAAAUCGUCAUCAACGACAACUACUUCGCCAAGGAGGCAUCACAUGACCAGGAGGAAACUAAGCUUGACGAGGAUAACAUUGACACGUCAGAAACAGACAGCCUGUCAAAUUACCUAUCACAGACAGAAAGUAAAGACAGCAUCAGUACGAACUUGUCAGAAACUCAGAGUCGCGAAAGCUUCAACGCUGCUGUGGUGGAAAAAGUCGAGCCUCAGCCUCAAGAAAUGUUCGACUAUCAUGAGAAAGAAAACAAGGAAGUGUCCCUACAAUCUUCUACGGCGUCUUCAAAUGCUGAGGAAACUUCUAAGUGUAAGGACACUCAAGACAUUGAUGAAAAUGUCCUUAAAGACAAGGAACAGGCUGUAGAUCUUAAGGACAGGACUGAUGACAGUGCUGCAAAGGAAACUGGUGGUAAAAAAGAACCCAAAAGGUCCAUUUCGCAAGAAUUUGAAUUUGUGAAUGCAGAAGAAGCCGUUACCGGACAAGAGACCCUCACGGAAACUGAACAUGAUGAGAAAGAAUCUGCGUAAUUUUUCCUGCAAAUUUAUUGGUUGACUUGUAUCUUCUGAGUUUUCUGUACUUCAUUUACAGACUAUGAACUGUUCUGAUGUAGAGAGCAAAAAAGAGACAUGUAAAAGUAUAACACUGUAUAAUGAUACCAGUAAUUGUAUAAUCCCUGGCUAUCUUUGAUAUUGAUAGUCUUAUUCUUAGGUACAUGUAUUUGGACUUCUUUGAUUUAUUUCAUUUCUUGGGCUUUCGACACCUACAUUGUAAACAAUUUAUACACUGAAAAAAAUCUUCUGGAAAGAUAUUUCCAAAUUAUGUUGUAAAUAGUUGUGAACUACAGGGCAUGUUAAGUGCUAAUUAGGUAAAACUCUGUAAUAUGUUUUCAUAGGCUUUGCCAGCCAAGUUACAAAUAUUGCUUCAAAUUAGACAGUAAUACUCUGCAAAAGUGUGUCUUGCUAAAUUUAUGCUCUACUGUUUGCUUGCAAUAACAGAAUCAGCAAUAUUAAAGCAUUUUGCAGUGCUCUGAAAUGUCCACAAAAGACAAAGCAAGACUUUAGUUAAAAGACUUUCACAUACAUACAUUCUACAUGUAAAAAAGAAGUAAAGAGAGGAAUGAUGAACUACAUUAAAAUGAGUUGUGCUAAUGUAAAUGCUAUGAAUUUAAAAGAUGUAUAUAAU